AUGCAGGGAAUUGAGAAGCCAGCAUGGUUAGAAGGCCUAUACACGCACCAAUUCUUCGUGCCAUGCUCAAUUCACGAUAGGUCAAAGAAGAACGAAAAGAAUGUAUUUUGCUUAGAUUGUUGCACCACAAUUUGCCCUCAUUGCGUCCCUUUCCAUCGCUUUCAUCGGCUCCUUCAAGUACGCAGAUACGUAUACCACGAUGUGGUAAGACUAGAAGAUCUCGAGAAGCUCAUAGAUUGUUCAAACGUUCAAGCCUACACAAUCAACAGUUCCAAAGUGGUGUUCAUCAAGAAAAGACCUCAAAAUAGACAAUUUAAAGGGUCUAACAAUUUCUGUACCUCUUGUGAUAGAACUCUUCAAGAGCCUUUUAUUCAUUGCUCACUUGGAUGCAAGAUUGAUUUUCUUCUAAAACAUUAUGAAGAUCUCACGCCGUAUCUAAGACCAUGCCAGACGCUUCGACUCGGCCCUGAUUUCUUUGUGCCUCAAGAAACGGGAGAAUAUUAUUACAUAAGUGGUAGAAGGAAAGGAAUCCCACAUAGGUCACCCUUGUGUUAG